AAAUGGCUGCCUCCUUAGGCCGAAUUCGACACCUUUGCAUAAAACAUUGUGUGGCACGAUCUUUGAGUGCCAAUUUGAAGGAUAGUCAUGUAUUUUUAUGUAGCAGAAAGGGUUUCUACACGUGUAGUCAAGUAUGGUCUGGGGAUGUGGAAAACAAGCCAGUUAAAGCAGAAAAGAUCAGCAAAGCAAUGAAGAGUUAUAUGGAAAGAGCAAAAGCAUAUAAUGACUUUAUGCAGAAUGAAAUAGAAGAAUAUGAACUUGGUAAAAGACAUUUGGCUAAUAUUAUGGGGGAAGAUCCAGAUAAUUUUACACAGGCAGAUGUUGAUAAAGCAAUAGCCUACUUACUUCCUUCAGGUUUAUUUGAUAAGAAAGCCAGACCAAUUUUUAAGCAUCCCUAUGAGAUAUUUCCUGCAAGGAGAGCUUCCCAGUUUGGAAUGGAUGGUAGACCACAUCAUUAUUUGUUUUAUACAGGCAAACCUCAGUUCUUUGAAAUUUUACAUAAUAUUUCUGCCAAACAUACAGAGUUAACUGAAGUAGAAAUGACAGAGAGAGGAAAGGUAACAGAGAAAAAGUUAAAUCCAGCCAGAUUUCAGAAAUUAACUAAAACUGCCCUUGAGACUUUAACUAAUGAAACAAUUUCCCCUCAACAUUAUUUAAAUUUCUGUAUAUUAAUGGACAGAUUGAUAACCCAUCCACUAGCAAGAAGAGCUGAAGAGUUUAUAGUUAAAUAUUCUAAAAAAUUAGAUUUAGGUUCACAAGCUGUGCACAGAAUAACGCCAGAAAAAGAUGAAAAUGGUAGAGAAUAUAUAAGAGCUGAUGGUAAAAGGAAAUCAUCACGAGCUACUGUUACAGUAUAUGAUCAAGGUCAAGGUGAUAUCUCAGUUAAUGGUCAAGAUUUAACAUAUUUUUCUUCCAUGCAAGACCGAAACCAGUUAUUGUUUCCAUUACAAGUGGUAGAUAAAAUUGGUCAGGUUGAUAUAAGUUGUCAAGUAAAAGAUGGUGGUCUAGCUGGACAGGCUGGUGCUAUUAGAAUAGCCUUGGCUAAGGCACUGUGUAGUUUUGUAUCUGAUGAAGACAUUGGAAAACUUAGAUUAGCUGGUUUAUUGACACCUGAUCCAAGAACUAAAGAAAGAAAGAAAACUAGUCAACCUAAAGCUAGGAAAAAGGUUCCAUGGAAAAGAAGAUAAAUGGAUCUGUAGUUGUUUUAAAGGAAUCUGCCAUACAUCACUAUCUAAUGAUUGAAGAAUACGUGUAAUGGAAUGAGAGGUGAAAGUUGGGGAAAAUAUCUCUAGAUAAAUGUAUAUUUGAAGGGAAUUAUAGAUAUAUUAAACAAUGAGACAGACUAGUUAAAAAUGAACUCAUUAAGGAAAGUGAUUGUGAAAGAAGUGUGUUAAAAUACCAAAUAAAGAAAGACAGUUUUAUUCCC